ACAGUGCCAGCACCGUCGGCCAACACCCAACACUCCUCUCCAGCUAACAGGAACCCGCUCGAAACAUGAUCGCUCUGGCUGUUGUGAGCUGCCUGCUGGUGGUCCUGGCCUCGGGGCUCCCCCAGGAACCUGCGAGCGGUCAUCUCCCUCAACCACAGUUCCACGCUGGCUUCACCCCUGAGGUGGAGCAAGCCACCAGUAACUUCCACGCUGCCUACAACUACCUGGCGGAGUUGGCCCUCCUGGCUCCAGACGACCCAACCACCACCACCACAACUGGGUUCUACCCUCUAGGCUACCAGUAUGGCGGUCUCUCCCCCGAGGUGGCCAGGGCAACCACAGACUUUUUCAGGAAGUACAUGGCAUCUGCCGUGAGGGCACAGGCCUCCUCUAGCCACCCGCAGUAACCAUCGCCCUGUCAACCACGCCCAGACAACCAC